CGCGCGCCGCCCGGCGGCUGACCCAGCGGCCCGCGCCCGCCCGUCCGGCCGACCCCGCGGCGGGCUGCAGCGCCGGCAGCAUGAGCGGCGGCGGGGACGUGGUGUGCACCGGGUGGCUGCGGAAAUCGCCCCCCGAGAAGAAGUUGCGGCGCUACGCCUGGAAGAAACGCUGGUUCAUCCUGCGGAGCGGCCGGAUGAGCGGCGACCCAGAUGUCCUGGAGUACUACAAGAACGACCACUCCAAGAAGCCGCUGCGCAGCAUCAACCUGAACUUCUGCGAGCAGGUGGACGCCGGCCUGACCUUCAACAAGAAGGAGCUCCAGGACAGCUUCGUGUUCGACGUCAAGACCAGCGAGCGCACCUUCUACCUGGUGGCUGAGACAGAGGAGGACAUGAACAAGUGGGUCCAGAGCAUCUGCCAGAUCUGCGGCUUCAACCAGGCCGAGGAGAGCACAGACUCGCUGCGGAACUUCCCAGCCGCUGCGCACGGGCCACGCUCGUCCCCAGCCGAGCUCAGUGGCCCCGCCCAGCCCCUGCUGCGGGAGCGGAAGGUCUCGGCACCCACACACUCCAGCCAGCCCACCCUGUUCACCUUCGAGCCGCCGGGGCCCGGCCUCGCCCAGCCCGCCCUGUCCACCAGCGCGCCCCAGGAGUACCUCUACCUGCACCAGUGCAUCAGCCGGAGGGCCGAGAGCGCCAGGAGCGCCAGCUUCUCCCAGGGCACCCGGGCCUCCUUCCUCAUGCGAAGCGACACGGCGGUGCAGAAGCUGGCCCAGGGCAACGGCCACUGCGUCAACGGGGUGGGCGGGCAGGUGCACGGCUUCUACAGCCUCCCCAAGCCCAGCCGGCAGCACGCCGAGCUCCGGGACAGCGCCUACGACCUGCCCCGCAGCCUGGCCUGCCACGGCCGCGCCCCGGGCAGCCUCACGGGCUCCGAGACGGACAGCGAGGACGUGUACACCUUCCAGACGCCCAGCAACGCCCUGUGCCGCGAGUUCGGGGACCUGCUGGUAGACAACAUGGACGUCCCGGCCACCCCGCUCUCGGCCUACCAGAUCCCGCGGACGUUCACGCUGGACAGGAACCACAACGCCAUGGCGCUGGCCGCUCCCGGAGACGCAGCCGUCGCCCCCCCGCCCCGGCCCCCCAAGCCGAGCCAGGCGGACACGCCGCGGUGGGGCAGCCCCCGGCAGAGACCCCCGCUGGGUGACAGCAGCAGGUCCGUCUCGGCUGCGGCCACCAUCCCCAGGCGGAACACACUCCCGGCCAUGGACAACAGCCGGCUCCUCCGAGCUUCUUCCUGCGAGACGUAUGAGCACCCGCAGCACGUCGGGGAGGGCGAUGGCGUCCGCUCCUUCCUGCCGGGGAAGGCUGCCGUGGGCCGCUCGGACAGCACCAACUCGGAAGAUAACUACGUGCCCAUGAACCCGGGCUCCUGCACCCUGCUGGCCAUGGAGCGAGCAGCCGACAGCGCCCAGAGCGCCUACAUCCCCAUGAGCCCCGGGCCCCACGCCCUGGACCCGCUGGGCUACCCCUCCGCCUCUGUCCUGCCCCUACACCGGGGCCCCAGCAGAGCAGGCGAGAUCCAGCCGCCUCCCGUCAACCGCAACCUCAAACCCGACCGGAAAGCCAAGCCAACCCCGCUGGACCUGAGGAACAACGCCGUCAUCGAUGAGCUGCCCUUCAAGUCUCCCAUCACCAAGUCCUGGUCGAGGGCCAUCCACAGCUUCUCGGCCAGCUCCUCCCAGUACUGCCGCCCCAUCUCCACACAGAGCAUCACCAGCACCGACUCGGGCGACAGCGAGGAGAACUACGUGCCCAUGCAAAACCCGGUGUGUGCAUCUCCCCUGCCCAGUGGCAGCGGCAGCCCCGCCCACAAGAAGAGCAGUGGCAGCGUGGACUACCUGGCCCUGGACUUCCAGCCCGGCUCCCCCAGCCCACACCGAAAGCCCUCCACGUCCUCCGUCACGUCUGACGAGAAGGUGGACUACGUGCAGGUGGACAAGGAGAAGACGCAGGCCCUGCAGAGCACCAUGCAGGAGUGGACAGACGUUAGGCAGGCAUCAGAGCCGGCCAAGGGCGCCAAGCUGUGACUGCGCCCCCCACCCCCGACUAGCCC